GCUGCGCCGCGUGGUCGUGUAAAAAAAGGCGAAGUUUACAGUGCGGUGGUUGUUCGUACGGCUAAAGGGGUUCGUCGUCCAGAUGGCUCUUUGGUUAAGUUCGAUAGCAAUGCUGCGGUACUAUUGAAUAACAAGCUAGAACCGAUUGGUACCCGUAUAUUUGGCCCAGUAACACGUGAAUUACGUACUGAAAAAUUCAUGAAAAUCGUUUCAUUAGCACCAGAAGUUCUCAGUGGACGCAUAGGAAGAAUUAUGGCGCGCUUAAAAGAUUUUUAUAAAGACUCUGUUGUUAAGUCUAUGACUGAGCAAUUUGGUUACACUUCGGUAAUGCAAGUGCCUCGCAUAGAUAAGAUUACUCUAAAUAUGGGAGUUGGUGAGGCGGUUGCAGAUAAAAAGGUGAUGGAACACGCUGUUGGCGAUAUGGAAAAAAUUGCUGGUCAAAAAGCAAUUGUAACUAAAGCUAAAAAAUCAGUGGCAGCAUUUAAGAUUCGUGAUGACUAUCCUGUAGGUUGUAAAGUAACUUUACGCCGCGAACGCAUGUAUGAGUUCUUGGAUCGUUUGGUGACGGUGGCUAUUCCACGUAUUCGUGACUUUCGCGGUAUUUCUGCGAAAUCAUUUGAUGGUCGUGGUAACUACAACAUGGGUAUUAAAGAACAAAUUAUUUUCCCCGAAAUUGAAUACGAUAAAAUCGAUGCAAUUCGCGGAAUGAAUAUCACUAUUACAACUACUGCGAAAACGGAUGAAGAGGCAAAAGCUUUGCUUGCUGCGUUUAGUUUUCCUUUCAGAGUUAUGGCUAAAACCUGUAUGACAGAGCGCGAAAUCAAACGUCGCGCAACUGUAGAAAAAUUUGCGGCAAAACGGGCUGCAUUGCAAGCAGCUAUGAAUGAUAUGGGCGCGACGGCUGAAAGCCGUUAUGAAGCGCGCAUGAAGUUUCAGGCGUUGCCACGCAACUCAAGCCCUGUGCGUUUACGUAACCGUUGUGCUUUAACUGGCCGUCCGCGUGGCGUAUUUAGUAAAUUUGGUAUUGGGCGUAGUAAAUUACGAGACUUGAUGAUGAGUGGCCAAGUGCCAGGUAUCACCAAGGCUAGC